AUGUAUGUGAACCAAGAGAAGAACUAGAAUGGAAUGAUAGAACUAUUUAACUUUAAAGACGUCUCGAACCUAAAAUGUCAAUAUCUAGUCCUUACUAUUCAAAAUUAAAACAAAUUGAAUCAACUUAAAAUUGUUUAUCUCAAUAAGCACUAGAAAAAUAAAUUCUUAAUCUAGUAGAUAUUCGUUAAUAAAUUGUGUAAGAAAUGCUUAAUCAUGUUAUAACUUGUGGUCAUUAAGAAUUAGUAUCAUCAUAAAUAAUGACUGAUACUCAUAAUUUCUCAUCCUUUAAUUGGAUCAAUGAUUCAAAUAGUCAUUAUGAAAGUUGGAAUCCAUAAGAUUGUCAUACAUUAUAAGAAACUACAUGUGAAAGAGGAAUACAUUUAAAUGAAUGUAUGCGUUUAUGUUGUUUGAAUUUGG